UUGAUUCAUAAACAAUACCCACUUAGAAGAUAUUUUAAUUCGAGUAGUGGAUGAUAUUACCUUCUUUGGUGGUUGUUGACCCUUUGUUGAUCAAUUAGCUCAUCUGAUUUUUCAAGGCCUUAUUAUGAUUCAGUUGAUUGAUUGAUGCUUUACAAUUAUUCAUGUUUUGGUUGAUGUGAGGACUUGACUUGAUGGGUGUUGAUAAAAGGAAGACCCUUUUUGUAUAGCUACUUGGGUUGUGUAAUUAUAAGUUCAUUAUAUAGAUUGUUUCUUUUUGAUUUGAGAAUAUUGGAAAAAGUAAAGAUUUGAAGUGUUUUGAUAAAUAUAAGUUUUGGUAAAGAUAAAGUUGGAAGAUGUCUGGAGUUCAAGAUUCUUUAGACAUAAAAUUUCGUUUGCUUGAUGGAUCGGAUAUUGGUCCUAAAAGCUUUCCAGCAGCAGCAAGUGUUGCAACUUUGAAAGAAAGCAUCCUUUCUCAAUGGCCCAAAGAUAAGGAUAAUGCUCCAAAGUCGGUAAAAGAUGUAAAGAUAAUUAGUGCGGGAAAGAUAUUGGAGAACAAUAGAACGGUAGGCGAAUGCAGAAGUCCGUUGUGUGACGUUCCUGGUGGAGUUACGACUAUGCAUGUCGUUGUUAGCCAACCACCUCAAGGAAAAGAAAAGAAAGUGAUGGAUGAUCCAAAGAUAAACAAGUGUUUAUGCGUGAUAUUAUGAGAACCAACUUCAGGCACAGCCAUUGCAUCUUUAUUUGCAGAUAAACUCAUUCUGGAGUUUGCAUUAGAUACUGAUGCUGUUGAAUGAAUGGUUUGGAUUGAGAUUGACAAAGAAAACAGAAAAAUAAAGCAGCAAAAUUGGUGAGAUAAUACAUUUGUAUCUAUACAGUUUUUUUUUUUACUGGUUCAUGUUCUGCAUAAUUUGUUGAAUUUUUGCGGAUUUAUACUUGUAAACACUCCCUUUAUAGUCGUUGAUUGAAACAAACUGUGAUUAAAUCUAAAUGAAAACAUAUAGUUUCUUCUA